UGAAUUGAAAAUUUGUUUUGACUAGGUCCAGGUCUUAUCAUGCAGUCUACUGAUAUCGCGAUAUCAAUACUUAUCAAUUUCAUAUAAUUAACGUGGUGUAGAAAUGUUUGGAUCAGUUUCGUGUUAGCGGUCGGCCUGUAAAGUUCUCUAGUGGAAAUAAUAAAGGGAUCUGUGAUAGUGAACAGGAGUGAUAAGAUAAAUCCUGAUAAAUAAAAGUGGUUCUGCACAUUUUACAUUAAAAAUGUCCAAGACUACGGCAUGGGAUAAGUUCAUGCUUUUAUCAUGGAAGAAUUGGCUGAUACAAUUUAGACAUCCAAUACAAACAGUUUUUGAAGUUCUUAUACCAGUCUGUGUUUGUGCUUUUCUAAUUCUCAUCAGAAGUCUUGUGGAUGUUUCUGAGGAGCUAAAACCAUUGACGUGGCACCCACUUCAACUCGAUCACCAAUUUAGAUUUCCGGGAAUUCUUCUUACGUCUGUAAAUAGAGUUAUUGCAUACUCGCCAAACAGUCCUGUUUUGGAUGUAAUGAUGGAAAACGUUGUGCAAGAAAUAAAUAGUGGUGUCAAUAUAACACAACCGAAAUUCAUUUGGCAAGGUUUUCCAGAUGCAUUAGCUUUAGAAGGGAAUGCCAUUACAGCCAUGCCAUUCGUUAGUAUUGAAUUCGAUCAAAAUUUGAGUGGAGCUACAAUUUUGCCUGACAAUGUGCAUUAUGCAAUGAGAUUUCCUGCUGAAUUAAGGACAGAGAGUGAGUUAUUAGAUAGCAUGUCUGGAUUUACAAACAAUUGGGCAACAAACAUACGCUUUGGACUGGACUUUUUACCUGGACCAAGGAAUCAGAAUGCUGAUGAUGGAGGUGAACCUCCUGGCUACAUUCGGCAAGGAUUCUCAACAAUUCAAAAUCUAAUUGACCGAGAAAUCAUUAAACAAGCAUCAAAUGACCCAGACCUUAAUUUGCCAAUAAUGUAUAUUCAAAGGUUUCCGUUUCCUGAAUAUGUAAAUGAUAUGCUUGGUUUAGUCCUUGAAUUUUCAAUUCCCUUAAUCUUCAUGAUCGCUUUUCUGUAUCCAGCAAUUAACAACAUUAAAUAUGUAGCAAUAGAAAGAGAAUUGCAAUUGAAGGAAUCAAUGAAAAUAAUGGGUUUACCAGGAUACAUGCAUUGGAUCGCAUGGUUCACAAAAUGUAUGGCAUUUCAAAUUGUCAUUAUCUCAAUCGUUACUGGACUUGUCAAAAUUCCAUUUGCAUCGAGUGGAGGAUUGUCUGUGUUUACGCAUACUAAUUGGUCGGUAUUAUGGGUCUUUUUCUUCCUUUAUGCUUUGGCUGGUGUCACUUACAGUUUCAUGUUCUCAACAUUCUUUGCUAAAGCUAAUACAUGCAGUAUUGCUGGUGCAAUAGUUUGGCUGAUUAUGCUUCAACCAUACAGCAUCAUAAAUUUCAAUUAUGAUAGAGUCAACUUGGCUACAAAGCUAGGUGCUUCAUUAUUAGUGAACACAGGAAUGGGAUUCGGAUUUAAAGUGUUGGGAAGAUAUGAAAGUGCACUUGUUGGAGUUCAUUGGGAUAACUUAUUUGAACCUGUAACACCUGAUGAUGACUUAACUCUUGGAUAUGUAAUGCUUGUAUUACUAACUGCCUCAGUUCUUCAAAUGCUGAUUGCACUUUACAUUGAGAAAGUUAAGCCUGGUGAAUUUGGUGUGCCUGAAAAAUGGUACUUCCCGUUAUCACCCAAAUUUUGGUGUAAUGGAAGUUCUAAAGAAGUUUUCGUUUCUGAUGAUGCCGUUAAAGGAAAUCCAAACUAUGAAAGUGAGCCAACUGAUAAGAAUGCUGGAAUAAAAAUCCGUGGAUUGAGAAAAGUUUAUGGAAAGAAAGUUGCAGUAAAUGACUUAAAUCUUAACAUUUUUGAGGAUCAAAUAACAGUUUUAUUGGGUCAUAAUGGAGCUGGAAAAUCAACAACUAUGUCUAUGUUAACUGGUUUAUUUCCACCAACCUCUGGAACUGCAUUUAUUAAUGGCCAUGAUAUCCGAAAUGAUUUAAAUACUAUUCGAAAUUCACUUGGUCUAUGUCCACAACAUAAUGUACUUUUUAACGAAUUGUCAGUAAGAGAGCAUAUUGUAUUUUUCACAAAACUAAAGGGUAUCAAAGGAAGUAAGGAAAUUGAAGUAGAAAUCGAAAAAUAUGUCAACUUAUUAGGACUUGGAGGGAAAAUGAAUGCUCAAAGUAAAACACUAUCUGGUGGUAUGAAGAGAAAAUUAAGCAUUGGAAUUGCAUUGUGUGGUGAUUCAAAAAUUGUCAUGUGUGAUGAGCCAAGUUCUGGAAUGGAUCCAAGUGCUCGUAGGGCUUUAUGGGACAUAUUGAUUCAAGAAAAGAAAGGAAGAACAAUUUUAUUGACAACACAUUUCAUGGACGAAGCAGAUGUCUUGGGAGACAGAAUAGCUAUAAUGGCAGACGGUGACCUUAAAACUGUCGGAUCUUCAUUCUUCCUCAAAAAACGAUUUGGUGUUGGAUAUCGUCUUACUUGUGUGAAAACAUCUACUUGUAAUCCACAACUUGUCACGCAUUUCUUAUCAAAAUACAUUCCAGAAAUUGAAAUUGAAACUAACAUUGGAACCGAGCUAUCAUACGUUGUUAGCGAUAACUACGUAUCAAAGUUUAAAAUUAUUUUCAAGGACUUGGAAGAUAAUCUUGAGAAGUUGAAAAUUGCAAGUUUUGGAUUAUCAUUAACGACACUGGAAGAAGUAUUCUUGAAAGUUGGAAUCGAUUCAACAGCAAUGGAUGUUGAAGAUAGAUACGAAGGGAUAUCAAAUGAGGGCAGUGCUGACUCAAAUACAAAUGGAUCAGAAGAAACAUUAAAAUUAGCGAACUCAAACCUCACAUAUGGAUUUGAACUUUUUAUUAAUCAUAUCUUGGCGAUGACUAUGAAAAAGUUUUUCUAUACGAUAAGAAACUACGUAAUGCUCUUCAUACAAUUUUUCAUACCAAUUUUAUUUUUGGUCAUCACAAUGUUAAUGGAAGAUUUAUUCCAAGGAGCACAAGAUCUUCCUGCCUUGCCUAUAUCCUUCUUAGAAUACAUUCGAACAUUUACUGUUUAUGAGUCGCAACAUGCUGGAGACGGUAUGAUUUCAAAUAUAAUCACAGGCUACAAAAGUUUCUUCCAAAAUCUUCCUGAGAAUCAUCAAUUGAUUGAAGUUGAACCAGGAAUGUCAUUUAGUGACAAAAUUUUAACAGAAUAUCGACAGUCACUAUCAAAUGUUAAUUUGAAUUAUAUGGUUGGUACAACAUUUAACGAAAGUGUCAUUACCGUCUGGUUCAAUAAUCAAGCAUAUCAUACCGUGCCGCUGACAAUUAAUUUAAUCAACAAUGCUAUAUUAAAGUCUGUGUCAAGUAUUCCAAAAUCAAUCAGCGUAACAAACAAACCAUUACCUUUCACACUUGGAACUCGACUCGUUCAACUGCAAGCUGGAAAUAAUCUUGGAUUUAAUAUAGCUUUAAAUACUGGAUUUUCCAUGGCGCUUGUUGCUUCAGUCUUUAUCAUGUUUUAUAUCAAAGAAAGAAUUUCAAAAGCUAAACUGAUUCAGAUUGUAAGCGGUGCUAACAAAUUUCUAUUCUGGAUUGUUUCUUUCGUACUUGAUUAUUUUAUAUUCUUCCUAAUAACUAUGCUGUAUAUUUUGAUAAUGGCUGCUUAUCAAAAAGAUGGAUUGUCUACAUUUGAUGAAUUACUUCGAAAUACUAUUAUAAUCUUAGUUUUUGGAUUAGCUGUACUUCCAUUUACCUAUGUUUUAUCAUUUGCAUUCAAAUUGCCAACAACUGGAUUAGUAACAACAGCUAUCACAUAUAUAGUUUCUGGAACACUCUUUUAUACAGUUUAUUUCGUGCUAAUCAGUGAUCUGCUUGAUCUCAGAUGGGUUGGAGAUCCGUUAGGCUGGACGUUCCUAAUAUUCCCACAUUAUUCUCUAACAAAGGGAAUGUCAAAUUUGAACAUUAUGCAAACAACAAUUUCAACAUGUGAUGCACAAUGUGCUACUAUACAAGGAUGUAGCUAUGAGCUCAUGUGUAAUACUGAUUUGCCAUGUGACAUGAGUCCUUUGCCAAAUCCAUUACCAUUUUUGUGUCAAUUACAAAAGGAUUGUUGCAGUAGGAAUUUCUAUAAUCUUGGUGAUGAUGGAAUUGGAAUCAUGCUUAUAGCAUUAGUCAUUGUUUCCAUUACAUCAUUUAUUGUCUUAUUCAUUAUUGAAUUUAGAGUAAUUCAAACUUUAAUUGUUAUGAUAAGGAAACCAAAGAUUCCUAGAAAUAUACCCGAAUCCGAAGAUGGAUUUGUUGACUCUGAUGUAGCAGUUGAAAAAGAAAAAGUCAAAAGAUAUACAGAAUAUAUUUCAGCCAAGGAUAAUUUAGUAUUGAAAGAUUUUACAAAGUUCUACGGGAACUUCAUGGCUGUAAAUCAACUUUGUAUUGGUGUUGGACGAGGAGAAUGCUUUGGAUUACUCGGAGUCAAUGGAGCUGGAAAAACAUCAGCAUUCAAAAUGCUUGUAGGUGAUGAAAAUAUAUCAGCUGGAGAUGCAUGGAUCGAUGGAAUCAGUAUUAGAAGAUAUCUUAACAAGGUUCACAAAAGAAUUGGCUAUUGUCCACAAUUUGAUGCACUUAUUGAUGACUUGACUGGAAGAGAAACGUUGAAAAUUUUUGCUCUCUUGAGAGGCAUUCCUCGAAAAUAUAUAAACGACGUUGCUGUUCAAUUAGCAGAUGAUUUGAAUUUUAUAAAGCAUUUAGAUAAAAAGACAAAAGAAUAUAGUGGUGGAAAUAAGAGAAAAUUGAGCACAGCUCUUACUCUUAUUGGAGAUCCAUCAGUAAUUUAUCUUGAUGAACCUACCUCAGGAAUGGACGUGGGAGCAAGACGACAACUUUGGAAUAUGGUAAUAAAAUCACGAAACUCAGGAAAAUCAAUAGUGUUAACAAGUCACAGCAUGGAAGAAUGCGAAGUAUUGUGUAAUCGACUAGCUAUUAUGGUCAAUGGAGAAUUCAAAUGCCUUGGAUCAGUUCAGCAUUUAAAGAACAAAUUUUCAAAAGGAUUCUUCCUCUCAAUUAAAGCCGGUUUUGAUAGCAAUGCUGAUGUUCUAAGCAGAAAAUUACUUCUUGUGAAAGAUUUCGUUUCACGAACCUUCUCUGGUGCCGCACUCAAGGAGGAGUAUAUAGACAUCCUAGCUUAUCACAUACCUUCAGCUCAACUAAAAUGGUCCCAUAUAUUUGGUAUAAUGGAGGACGCAAAAGCUAAACUAGGUAUAGCUGAUUAUUCAUUAGGACAAACAUCUCUAGAGCAAGUAUUCUUAUACUUUACAAAAUCCCAAAGAAUAACGGGUCGUGAAAAGUAAAAUUAAGACUUAAUUUAUCAACAAUCAUCCCGAGAUUCUAUUUAAUUUAACAAAACAAGUAACAAUAAAUGAAAAUUUUAAACAA